UUCUCGCAGAUCAACAUUGUAAAUGAGGAGAAAGUCAGAGCUCUAAACAAAGCGUUUACCGAAAUUCAGGAAGAAGUGCAGCAGCUAUCCAAAGGCACAGCCGCAGAAGCUCAGAAGGAACCUCAGGUUUCCAACGAUCUGGAACAUGAACCAGCAAACGUGGAUGCUGCCACAAACCUAUUAUCUCAGCUGUAAUGCAUAAUAAAUGAUGCAGGGAUUCCAAGAAAGGCGGAGUGCACAGAGUGGUUGCUUUGUUUGUACAAUUUUAUUAAAAAAAUCUUGUUAAUAUACAAGUAUUGGCACACUUUAAUACAAACUACAAACAGGCCUUUCCUAUGACCUAGGAAAGUGGAAUGUAAGAAGUCAGUGUGAGAAACUUAAAGUGCUAAAACAGAAGGCACUUCACAAAAUUGGUUCACUGAAACGAUUUAGCAUAACUCAAGUUGAUAUCCUUCACUUCUCAGCUUGGCAGUGAAAGCUUCAAAAUUGAUUGAAAGGUUAUUGAUUGAAAGGUACAGAAAGCAUCUUGGCAGUAAAGCCUCAAAAAAUGCUGAUAACUGUGAGCAGGAAGCCAAAUCAUCUUUUUUUUCAAAUGAUCAAAAGGCUAUAAAGCGGUUUCGCUUUUCUUACAAAAGAAAACUCUGAAUCAUUGGAUUACACAAAGGAUACACAAGUGAAAAAAAUGCCAGAAUUUUUGAUGAAAGCCCUUUUCUCUGGUUGUUCCAUUUGUUUUGUGAAGCAGUUAAAGGAAG